AUUCAACCUAGAAGAAAGAAAAGUGUAUUUUAGCUCACAAUUUAAAGGUGUCAGCCUACAGUGCUUGACCCUGUUUAGAUCUUUGACAGCACACUGAUGUGUCAUUGUGGAAGCAUGUGGUAGAAAGGGUCUGUUGAACUUACAGGGGCUGGAAUCUGCCUUGUAAGGGCAUAAUUUCCUUCUGCCACUUCUUAACUUCCAAAUACUUCCCCACUUCUUGACAGUGCCACAGACAUGCAUGUUAACCUUUAGGGGACAGUCAAAGUCCAAACUAUAACCACAAAUGUGUCAGAGCCUUGAAUGUCAUGUUUUCUUCUAAAAAUCUUCCUCUCAAAUAUUCUUAGGAAAAGUUAAAAUAAAAUUGGGGAGCCAGAUUUAUAGUUUUGGAUGGAAAGCCUGUGAUUUUUGGGUGUCUACUAGACGGAUACUUUCUGGAAAUUCACGGAAGGGCUCAUCAUUACCCAGUGCUUAAGAAAAAGUACAGUCCUGGAAUCGGGGCCACACUGUUGUUUCCUUUGGGGUUUUCUUAGAAGGGUUACAGGGGGCUUAGGCAAGUUUAAAGUACUGAAUAUAGAAAAAUUUUUGUGCUAAAGGUUUGAUAUUUGAGUGUUUGGUACACAAAAGGAACUGAAGCACAGCUUCCUACCUGGGACAUUUCCUACCUUCUCUUCCCUUCCUGUGGAGGUCUAUACAGAUUAACCGUUUAGAAGGACACAGAGGAAGGCCUAGUGGCAGGGAGGGAAAGGCUAUGAGUGAAGGAAAGAAAGGAAGAAGAUUAAUGGGUUUUAAACAUGGCUAAGAAUUGUUCAUAUAGACUGACUGAGUGGCUGACACAAGGACAUAGUCUCAGAAACAGCUUAUGUAUCGGGAGAUAUAGAUGAUAAAGUGCAAGAAAUGAAAGCUUCAGAUUCAGGAAGAUACUGAGCUUUUGGCUUAGGUGGUGGGGACACUGAAAUAUGGUUGGUUGGUGGGUUGGUGGGUUGGUUGGUGGGUUGGUUUGAUUAUAUAUUUAUUAUGUGGGCAUGUUUGUGUCAUGGUACAUAUGUCACAGUGUGUGUAUGUAGAUCAGAAGAGAACUUGUGGGAGUUGAUUGUCUCUCCCCUUCUCCCCUGAUUGUCUCUUUCUACCAUGGGGGUACCUGGAAUCAAAACUCACUCAAGUUUUUAUUUACUGAGCCAGCUUGUUGGCCUCUGUUGAAAAGUUUUUGUUUUUUUCUUUUUAGAUUUAUCUUAUGUCUUUUUAGAUUUAUCUUUAUCUUAUGAUUUAUCUUAUGUAUUAUUAUUUUGCCUACACGUAUUUAAUUGUGGUAGUGCCUGUGGAGGCCAGAAGAGGUUGCUGGGUUUCCCGGACCUGGAGUUAAAGAGUGGUUGUAAGAGCCUGUAUGGGUUCUGGCAACUGAACCCUGCUCCUCUAGAAGACAAGCCAGCACUCUAAACCACAGAGCCAUCUCACCAGCCGCCACUGAAAGGCUUUUAGCGAAGAAAGGACAUGGUCUGAUUUUGUUUUUGAAAACCACUCUGUCAGCAUGCAAGAUGCUACAAUAAUUUUCAUUUGUUUAAAAAGUUCUUUUAUUGUUGGCUGGUGGUAGCUCAUGCCUUUUUUCCCAGAAUCAGAGGCAGUAAGAUCCCUCCAAGGCCAGCCAGGACUCUGUAGAUUGAGUUCCAGAACAGUCAGGGCUACACAGAGAAACCAUGUCUCAAACGAACAACAAAAAAACUAAAGCUACUCAUUUUAUUUUAUAUGUGAAUGUUUAUCUACAUAUAUGUAGACUGAAUAUUUACAGAGUAUAAACUUCGCAAUGCUUAGGCUGAUUUAGAUAUAUUGAAUGGUCUAAGAAUCCAGAAAUACUGGAAAAUUGCUCCUGGUUUCUAGCACAAGUAACUGGGUAACCUUAUACUGCUAAUAAGGACAUAAGAAGACAAAGAUGUUUGUAGGAUAAGAAUUUUAAACCUGCUGAUAAAGGGCAUCUUUGGAAUAUAGGAAACAUUCAGUUUGCAAUGUAUCAACUUGAUAACUUAGAGCAGCAGUUAAAGCUAGAGAUAAGCAUCAGUGUGGGUGGGGCUUACUAACCAUAGACAUACGACUGCUGAAGGAGCAUGAGAGGGUGAAAAGAAAAGAGAAUCAAGGGCAGAAGGUGUCUGAACACCUGAAGUAUCCAAGAAGCCUCCAAGAGGGUGUACAGGGAAGAAGAAACACAAAAAUGAGGUCAGAGGAAUCUGGACCCCUUCAAAGUACAAUUCAGAGGCAGAGCACUUGCCUAGCUGAAAUGCGGGGAAAUGAAGUAUUUUAUUGAGUUUGGGAAAGGAGGUGUGAUCAUGGUCCCUAAAGACAAGAAGAGGCAGCGAUAGAUCCCAAAUAGAGACAUCAGUCUUAACUAAGUGGAUCACCUUGUCUCCAGAGAAGUCAGGGCUGGAGAUAAGAGUUAAGGUAGAAUUAGAUUUUGUAUUAGGAUUGAAAAAUUAGGGAAUCAGACACCUCAUGAUUUUCUCUAAUGAGAAGAAAAAGACAUGGAUUGGUUGUAGGUGAAGUUAUGAGAUUGAAGAAGCUGACGAGGUUUUUUUUUGUUUUUUUUUUUUAAUCUCAAUAGCAUAGAGUAAUACUACAAAGAACCUGUCAAGGACAAAUGAUUUUCAAGUUGGGUUGCAAGAAUCCUGUGUAUGUUUACAUCCCAACAAUGGAAGCAUCUGAGCAAUGAUUUCUUGAAGACCCAGCAGGAGAAGAGGCACAGUUGGUUCAAGGCAAGUGGUACCAUCAAGAAGUUCCGAGCUGGCCUCAGCAUCUUCUCACCCAUUCCCAAGUCUCCCAGUUUUCCUAUCAUACAGGACUCUAUGCUGAAAGGCAAACUGGGUGUACCAGAGCUCCGAGUUGGACGCCUUAUGAAUCGUUCCAUUUCUUGCACCAUGAAGAACCCAAAAGUAGAGGUGUUUGGCUAUCCCCCCAGCCCCCAGGCAGGUCUCCUGUGCCCCCAGCACGUGGGCCUCCCUCCCCCAGCACGGACUUCUCCUUUGGUCAGUGGUCACUGCAAGAACAUCCCCACUCUGGAGUAUGGAUUCCUUGUCCAGAUUAUGAAGUAUGCAGAGCAGAGGAUUCCAACGUUAAAUGAGUACUGUGUGGUUUGUGAUGAGCAGCAUGUCUUCCAGAAUGGGUCCAUGCUCAAGCCAGCUGUCUGUACUCGUGAGUUAUGCGUCUUCUCCUUCUACACACUGGGAGUCAUGUCUGGAGCUGCAGAAGAAGUGGCUACAGGAGCAGAGGUGGUAGAUCUGCUGGUGGCCAUGUGUAGAGCAGCUUUGGAAUCCCCUAGAAAAAGCAUCAUCUUCGAGCCUUAUCCCUCUGUGGUGGACCCCACUGAUCCCAAGACUCUGGCCUUUAACCCUAAGAAGAAGAAUUAUGAGCGGCUUCAGAAAGCUCUGGAUAGUGUGAUGUCCAUCCGGGAGAUGACCCAGGGCUCAUAUUUGGAAAUCAAGAAACAGAUGGACAAGCUGGAUCCCUUGGCCCAUCCUCUUCUGCAGUGGAUAAUUUCUAGCAACAGGUCACACAUUGUCAAACUACCUCUCAGCAGGCAGCUGAAGUUCAUGCACACCUCACACCAAUUCCUCCUGCUGAGCAGCCCUCCUGCCAAGGAGGCUCGGUUCCGGACAGCCAAGAAGCUCUACGGAAGCACCUUUGCUUUCCAUGGGUCCCACAUUGAGAAUUGGCAUUCAAUCCUGCGCAAUGGGCUGGUCAAUGCAUCCUACACCAAACUGCAGGCUCAUAUAUUCAUCCUGGUGUUUCCCUGCAAGCUGCAUGGAGCAGCCUAUGGCAAAGGCAUCUACCUGAGCCCCAUCUCCAGUAUUUCCUUUGGAUACUCAGGAAUGGGCAAAGGACAGCACAGGAUGCCUUCCAAGGAUGAGCUGGUCCAGAGAUACAACAGGAUGAACACCAUCCCCCAGACCCGAUCCAUUCAGUCAAGGUUCCUGCAGAGUCGGAAUCUAAACUGUAUAGCACUUUGUGAAGUGAUUACGUCUAAGGACCUCCAGAAGCAUGGGAACAUUUGGGUGUGCCCUGUGUCUGACCAUGUCUGCACAAGGUUCUUCUUUGUAUAUGAGGAUGGGCAGGUGGGCGAUGCCAACAUUAAUACUCAGGACCCCAAGAUUCAGAAGGAAAUCAUGCGUGUGAUCGGAACUCAGGUUUACACAAACUGAGGGGGCCCCAGCCCUCGUACCACCCUGUUACCCCAGGAUCCAUCUGCCCUUGUAAAAGGACUCAGGAGCAGCAAGUGAGGCUGUCCUGAGAAACUCAAGGGGCAAAAAAAGUAUAGAAGAGGUGGCCUUCAUGGUGGAGAUUGAUCCAGGAACUACUCCACAUUUGGAUGGCCCUGACUGACUCCCACCCCUGAUUUGCCCAAUUGACUUCACCCUGUUUGUAAAUAAAACAAUAAAAUGGAAGGUGCUGUGGACUGGA